GGUCGCUGCGGUCCGGCUCGAGCCCCCUGCCCUGGCGGGGAGGACUUCCUUGCCCCCCGACGCGCAGCCCGCCGAGGGGGCCCCGGAGCGGAAGGGUCAGUCCGCGGGACGAGCCUCAGGGACGAUGGGACCCACAGGGUCAGCACCGCGGACGACCCCCGGGCUGGGGGCCGGAAGAAGGCGGAGAGGGCGGCGGGGACGGGGGUCAGGUGCCUGGAGCAGGCCCGGGCCGCGCCGGGAGCCUCUGGGUCCCCCAGCGGCCGCGGGCUCGGCUGCCCGACACCCGUCUUCCCCGCAGGUGGCUCCGGAGCGGGCGCCAGCAGCCCUCCCAGGACACCCGGCACCUCCGGCGGAGUCCUGGGCGCGGCACAGCCGGUGCGCCCAGGGCCAGGAGGUGCAGGGGCGUCUCGGCUGGGCGGGGACCCAUCUGAGCCCGCGGAACAGCGAGACCCGCUGUCUUUUCAGCUGCUUCUCAGCAGCGCGCAGCCCCUCCCAGGGCUCCGCGCAGCCCCUCUCCCGCAGCCCCUCACCACCAGCCUCGCCCAACUUGGGCAGGCCCCGCAGACCGGCCCACCUAGCUCCCCCAGCCCAGAGGCUCCAACGGUGCAGAAAGCAUGAUGCGUUCAUCACACGUGAGACCCAACCUCGCUUUGCUCAGACGGCACCCCCUCCCUGCCCCUAUCCCCUCCCGUGCCCGCUCCGUGCUGUUCCCUGGGAGCUCACCCCACUGCAGGCCGUGACCUUGGAGGGCCCCUUCGGGGACCACCCCCGCCCCCAUCACAGCACCGACCCCACCGGCCGUGACUGUAUCCGGCUGGCGGUCCCCACGCACUGCACCGCUGCUACAACAGAGCCGGGCCUGCGCCUGACGCGCACAGACGCGAAGUAA